AGCUCCAGACAAACCAACGCCUUGCUCUUGCGAGAUCGUCUCAAUGUAGCGAAGAGAUCAGCAUCUUUAGUCGAGCCACUGGCUCAGCUAUAUAUACAACCCACCAGAGAGCCCAGUGAUCUUCACAAGCUAGCAACACCUACACAACAGCUCAGAGUACAGAAGCACCUCAUCAGUCAGCUGAAGGCCGAGUGAGAGGACUAGAGAUCGCCAUGAAGGGGAGCAAGGUCCACGAGCACGAGACCGACCUCCCCGCCUCCGAUCUGUGGGCGAUCUACGGCACGCUCCGCGCCGCCGAGCUGCUGCCGGAGCUGCUCCCGCACGUCCUGGCCAAGGUCGAGCUCGUCAGCGGCGAUGGCGGCGUCGGCACCAUCUUGCAGCUAACAUUCCCCCCUGGGAUUCCUGGUCUGGAGAGUUACAAGGAGAAGUUCAUCAAAGUGGACAACGAGAACUAUAUCAAGGAAGCACAGACAAUUGAUGGCGACAUUCUGAAGCUGGGGUUCCUUUCCUACAUGAUACGGUUCGAGAUCAUCGCAAAGGGGCCCGAUUCGUCAGUGAUAAGGUCGACUAUCGAGUACGAGAUCGAUGACGCGCACCCGGAGCUUGAAGCCAUGGUGAACACGGCGCCUCUGGCUGCAACUGCUGAGAAAUUCUCCGAGCAUGCCAAAGAGAAGAAGGCCCCUCAGGCAACCUCUUGAAAAAGCUCAAGAGCAAAGCUUAUCACAUGAACUACGGUUUCGCUGUUUCUAUUUUGCAUUUCGAGUGUUGCUGUGGAAUGGGAAAUAAUCCAGAUCGGGCAAAUUAUAGACACUUGGUUUAUUUUGGUCUGCCAUGCCAAUGAACACAAAUUAUAUCCAUUGUUUCUCAUAGCUAUUGUAAGGCACCACUAAGGUACAUGUACCGUAAUUUCCAUGAAUCAAAAUUCGCCACCAUAAA